AUGUGCUCCCACUUCCUCUUGUUCCUCUCUUUGUUGCUUAUUUCGGUCUCCCUUCGCUCUCUCUUUCCUGUCUCCCUCUCCUCCCUCUCCUCCUCCCCGCAGGCGAAGAUGGGUUUCCGGGAGGGCGAGGGCCUGGGGAAGUUCGGCCAGGGCCGGCGGGAGAUCGUGGAAGCCUCCACGCAGCGCGGGCGGAGAGGGCUGGGCCUGACCCUGCAGGGCUUCCAGGGCGAGCUGAACGUGGAGUGGCGGGACGAGCCCGAGGCCAGCGCGGCGGAGGAGGUGCAGUGGUUCCCCGAGUGCUCCACCGAGAUCCCAGACGCGGAGGAGCUGGGAGAGUGGAUGACUGUGGGAGAGAGAAAGCUGAAGAUUGAUGAUGAAACCGAGUUCUGCAGCGAGGAGCUCUUACACAGCCUUCUGCAGUGCAAGAGUGUGUUUGAUGACCUGGAGGGGGAGGAGAUGCGCCGUGCUCGGACUCGAUCGAACCCCUACGAAACCAUCAGAGGGGCCUUCUUUCUCAACAGAGCUGCGAUGAAGAUGGCCAACAUCGACCAUGUCUUCGACUGUAUGUUCACUAACCCCCGUGACACCCAGGGGUCUUUUGCAGGCGAGGGGGGUGUGGACGGCGAUGGCGACAUCACUCGCCCGGAGAACAUCAGCGCAUUCCGGAACUUUGUCCUGGAGAGUACGGAGCGCCGCGGGUUGCACUUCCUCAUGGCAGAUGGGGGAUUCUCAGUGGAGGGGCAGGAGAACAUCCAGGAAAUCCUGAGUAAACAGUUACUGCUGUGUCAGUUCCUCACUGCACUGUCUGUGGUCAGGACAGGUGGUCAUUUUCUGUGUAAGACAUUCGAUCUCUUCACUCCGUUCAGCGUGGGGCUGGUGUACCUGCUGUACCUGUGCUUCGACAGGGUGUCUCUCUUCAAACCCGUCACCAGCCGGCCGGCCAACUCUGAGAGGUACGUGGUGUGCCGGGGCUUGAAGCCCGGUUCCGAUCCGGUGAGGGAGUACCUGUUCUCCGUGAAUCUGAAGCUGAACCAGCUGAGGCUCUCGUCCUCUGACGUGACGGAGGUCGUCCCUCUGGAUAUCAUUAAGGGAGACACGGACUUCUACCAGCACAUGGUCCGCUCCAAUGAGAGCCACUGUGCAGUCCAGAUUAAAUCUCUGGCCAAAAUCCAUGCCUUCGUCCUGGACACCACGCUGUCGGAGCCAAAACAGGCAGAUAUACGAAAGGAGUGUCUGAAGCUGUGGGGGAUUCCUGACCAGGCCAGAGUUGCCCCUUCCCCCUCGGACCCCAAGGCCAAGUUCUUUGAGCUGAUGAAGGGCUCUGAUAUUGAGUCCUUUAACUACAAGCCCACGUCUCUGACCUCGCGGACACUGGACAAGAUGCACCAUGUGCUGGACUACCGCUGCAUUGUGGGUGGAGGGGAGCAGCUCUUCCUGCUGGGGCUGGGGAAAUCCCAGAUCUACACAUGGGAUGGGAAGUCUCCUGUACGCUGGAAGAAGCUGGAGAACUUCAAGAUGGAGCUGCCCAGGGACACGCUGCUGAGCGUGGAGAUCGUGCAGGAACUGAAGGGAGAGGGUAAGGCACAGCGCCGGAUUGGUGCUGUGCACGUCCUUGAUGCGCUGGUACUGAAUGGGACGGAUGUGCGGGACCAGCACUUUAACCAGAGGGUCCAGAUGGCAGAGAAGUUUGUGCGAGCCGUUUCCAAACCCAGCCGGCCAGACAUGAACCCCAUCAGAGUGAAGGAGGUGUACAGGCUGGAGGAGAUGGAGAAGAUCUUCGUCAGGCUGGAGAUGAAGGUGACCAAGAGCUCCGGGGGCUUCCCGCGCCUCUCUUACACCGGGAGGGACGACCGGCACUUCCUUCCCACCGGACUGUACAUCAUCAAAACUGUCAAUGACCCCUGGACGAUGGCCUACAGUAAGAAUUCCAAGAGGAAGUUUUUCUACAACAGACUGAGCAAAGAGUCCACCUAUGAACUUCCUCCUAACGCAGUGGCCCCCUUUCAUAUCUGUCACGUCGAGCGUCUGUUCUGGGCCUGGGAGGACGGUGUGAAAGUUCAUGACUCCCAGACGCGGAUCGACCCCGAGAAGCUAUCCAAGGAGGACAUACUCUCCUUCAUCCACCAGCACUAUCAACCCUGAGAGAGACCGCCCCGGGCCAACUACCCCUGGCACCAGACGUCUCAACCCUGAGAGAGACCGCCCCGGGCCAACUACCCCUGGCACCAGACGUCUCAACCCUGAGAGAGACUGCCCCGGGCCAACUACCCCUGACACCAGACAUCUUAACCCUGACAGGAUAACUACUCCCGACUCCAGACGUUUCAACCCUGAGAGAGACUGUCCCGGACCGACUGCCCCCGACACCAGACGACACAGCCCUGACAAGAUAACUACCCCCGACACCAGACGUCUCAGCCCUGAGAGAAACUGCCCCUGUCAUGACAUGAUAACUACUCCUGACACCAGAUAUCACAGCACUACGAGAGACUGUUCCAGCCCUAAAAGGAUAAUUACCCCUGACACCAGACGUCCCAGUCCUGAGAGAGAUUACCCCAGUCCUGACAGUAUAACUAUCCCAUCAGCCCUGGCUGCUUCAGUUGUUAAAGCCCUGACUAACUCUGCGCUCUUCACCAA